CUGUAGAAGAGGCACCACCAGGAUUCCCCGAUGAACAACCGAAAGGAAGAUAUGGAGAUCGCGUCCCACUACCGGCACCUGCUGCGUGAGCUCAACGAGCAGAGGCAGCACGGAGUGCUGUGCGAUGCCUGUGUCGUCGUGGAGGGCAAGGUCUUCAAGGCCCACAAGAACGUCCUGCUUGGGAGCAGCCGCUACUUCAAGACGCUCUACUGCCAGGUGCAGAAGACGUCUGACCAGGCCACGGUCACCCACCUGGACAUCGUCACUGCCCAGGGCUUCAAGGCCAUCAUUGACUUCAUGUAUUCUGCCCACCUGGCCCUCACCAGCAGGAACGUCAUUGAGGUGAUGUCUGCUGCCAGCUUCCUGCAGAUGACGGACAUCGUGCAGGCCUGCCACGACUUCAUCAAGGCCGCACUGGACAUCAGCAUCAAAUCAGAUGCCUCCGAUGAACUUGCAGAGUUCGAGAUCGGCGCCGCAUCCAGCAGCAGCACGGAAGCACUGAUCUCGGCCGUGAUGGCUGGAAGGAGCAUCUCACCGUGGUUGGCACGGCGCAUGAGUCCCGCCAAUUCUUCCGGAGACUCGGCCAUCGCCAGCUGCCACGAAGGAGGGAGCAGCUACGGGAAGGAGGAUCAGGAGCCCAAGGCCGAUGGCUCUGAUGAUGUUUCUUCACAGUCGCUGUGGCCUGGGGACAUGGGCUACGGGUCUUUGCACAUCAAGGAGGAAAAGAUUUCACCGUCCCACUACGGAGGGGGUGAGCUGCCUUCUGCCAAGGACUGUGCGAUACGGAACUCUUUCUCCGAGCAGGGUGCCACAGACAGCUGGCAGCCCACGGGCCGAAGGAAGAAUCGGAAAAACAAAGAGACUGUCCGGCACAUCACUCAGCAGGUGGAGGACGACAGCCGGGCCGGCUCCCCGGUGCCCUCGUUCCUUCCAGCGCCGGGGUGGCCGUUCAGCAGCCGAGACACAA